AUGUUCGGCUUCAAAAAGCGUGAACCUGCCACUGAGGCACAAGCCGCGCCCUCACAACCCGACUCGGCCAAAGAUGCACCACCAUAUGUGCAGAAUGUGGCCGAGGACCAGCUGGAGAACACCGGGAAGAAUACCUGGGAGCGAAUCUGGCCCGCCAUGGCCUGUGGUGCUGGUCUCUUCUCGGAUGGAUAUGUCAACAACGUAAUCGGAAGCGUUUCCACCAUGCUGUCCAUGAUCUACGGAGCAGCCUAUACCGACUCCUCCGCGAAGAAGAAUGUCUCGGCAAUCACAUUCGCCGGUACCGUCGUAGGGCAACUUAUCUUCGGAUACACGAGCGACAAGUGGUCUCGCAAGAACUCCCUCCUCGUUUCCACCAUCAUCCUCAUCGUCUUUACGGCUCUUGCUGCGGGUUCCUACGGAGCAGGCGGGUCAACGCAAGGAAUGUUCGCUGCUCUUACGGCGUACCGUUUCCUCGCCGGCAUCGGUAUCGGAGGAGAGUAUCCCGCCGGAAGUGUUGCUUGUGCUGAAUCGACCGGCGAGCUCAAGGCCGGAACUCGUAACCGAUGGUUUAUUCUCUUCACAAACGUUAUGAUCGACUGGGGUUUCGUCAUUGGCGCUUUUGUCCCAUACCUCUUGGUUGUCAUAUGCACCUCAGACCACCUGCGAGCUGCAUGGAGAAUAUCUUUGGGACUUGGUGUUGUGCCUCCGAUGGUCCUUCUACUUCUUCGAUUCCAGCUCCAAGAGCCCGAGGAAUACAAGAAGGAGAGCAUGAAAAAUGUCAGGAUCCCAUACCUUCUGGUCAUCAAGUACUAUGGAUGGAGACUCUUCGUCGUCAGCGCGAUCUGGUUCAUGUACGAUUUCUCAACAUAUUCCUUCGGUAUCUACUCUUCGACAAUCCUGGCCAAUAUCUACGGAGCGUCCGCUCCGCUGACCACCACGUUCGGCUGGAACACUGUCAUCAAUCUUUUCUACAUCCCCGGUUGCAUGCUGGGAUCUUUCUACUCGGACAAGGUCGGCCCUAGAUACGCUCUCGCGUCAGGUGUCUUCGCGCAAGCCAUCGUGGGAUUCAUCAUGGCUGGUCUCUACCCCACUCUAGCGAAGCCCGUGAACGUCGCCGCCUUUGCCAUCGUCUACGGCAUCUUCCUCUCGCUCGGCGAGCUCGGACCCGGCGACAACAUCGGCCUGGUCGCCUCCAAGACGUGCGCGACGGGCGUCCGUGGGCAGUACUACGCCAUCGCCGCCGCCACGGGCAAGAUCGGCGCCUUCGUCGGCACCUACAUCUUCCCUUACAUCGAGAAGGCCGGCGGAGAGGGCACCGCCGCUUCCGCCCAGUACCCCUUCUACGUCUCGGGCGCGCUGUGCAUGCUGAGUGCCGUCCUGGCUCUCUUCUGCCUCCCCGACAUCGGCCAGGAUACCAUCACGAAGGAGGACGCCUCGUUCCGGACGUACCUCUCGAGUCAAGGCUGGAACGUCUCCCAGCUGGGCUUAUUGACGGGCGAGUCGGUCCAGAGCGGCGGCGGAGCUGCUGGUGACGCUGCUGGCGACGCUGCUGGCGACGCUGCUGGCGACGCUGCUGGCGACGCUGCUGUCAUUGUGAAGCAAGAAAAUGAGGAUAAGCCAUAA